AUGGGUGUAGGACGUCGCAUGAAAAAGCAAGGACCACCCGAACCUCUUGACGAAUCGCAUUUUACAAAUCUAAAGCGAAAGGCCGGAUUAUCUGUAACUGAGAGCAGGGCAGAAGCGCAAAAGUAUGUAAAGAAAAGACGUACAAGUGGAGAUGAUGUUGUUCGAGACGGAAAAGGUAAAAAGGACAAGAAGAUUAAAUCAAAAGAAAACAAUGCGCACAAAAACAAUGCCCUGGGGAAGAAGCAAAGCAUAAAACCUAAAAAGUCUAUCGUAAAGCCCUCAGUUACUUCGAAAAACACCUUGGUUGACUCUGAUACCUUUUCAGUUAACGAAGCAAGUGAUAACUCCGAAACUCAUGAUACCCAAAAUGGCUUGCCAGACGAUUUUUUGGAUUCAGACAGUGAUGUCUAUGAUUCGGCAGAUGACCACAAGACUGGUGCUAUGUUCUCAGAAGAUGAAGAUGAAUCAGAAGCCGAAGAAAAACUUACGGCAGCCAAUAUCGCAGGCUUAACGAGAAAAUUAGAUGAAAAACUUGCAGAGGAGGCAGCAGAGGCUGAGGCUGAAAUACAAGAUGAGAUGAUGCAGACCAAUAUUUCUGGCGAACGUCCACACAUUUUAUCAGAUUCCGACGAUGAAAAUACUGGAGCUCGCGACGCUAAUCCUCUUCUUGCACCUGAUCUCCAGCUUCUCAGAACUCGGAUUACAGACACGGUACGAGUCCUCGAAGACUUCUCAGGACUUGCAGAAGAAGGGCGCUCACGCGCUGAAUAUACAGCGCAGCUACUCAAGGAUAUCUGCAGCUAUUAUGGCUACUCUGCAUAUUUAGCAGAUAAAUUAUUUAAUCUAUUCCCCGUCAAAGAAGCCUUUGCCUUCUUCGAAGCAAACGAAUCACCUAGACCAGUAGUAAUCCGAACGAAUACGCUACGAACUCACCGCAGAGACCUUGCACAGGCCCUAAUAAAUCGUGGCGUCACCCUGGAGCCGGUUGGGAAAUGGUCGAAAGUUGGGCUCCAAAUUUUUGAAUCUACAGUCCCGCUCGGAGCAACACCCGAAUAUCUUGCCGGACAUUAUAUACUACAGGCUGCCUCUUCAUUCCUUCCUGUAAUGGCACUCGCGCCACAAGAGCACGAGCGUGUCCUAGAUAUGGCAGCAGCACCUGGAGGCAAAACAACACACAUAGCGGCGCUCAUGAAGAAUACCGGAACAAUAUUUGCCAAUGACUCGAAUAAGCUGCGCGCUAAAGGUCUUAUCGGAAAUAUUCAUCGCAUGGGAGCUAGAAGUGUUAUAGUAUGCAAUCACGAUGCGUGUUCCUUCCCGAAGGUCAUGGGUGGUUUCGAUCGAGUAUUAUUGGACGCUCCUUGUAGUGGUACAGGUGUAAUUUCCAAAGAUCCUAGCGUUAAGACGAAUAAGACUGAAAAAGAUUUUAUCAAGCUGCCGCACCUUCAAAAACAACUACUAUUAGCGGCUAUAGAUUCUGUUGACCACGGAAGUAAAACGGGUGGCUAUAUUGUGUAUUCUACUUGUUCUGUUACAAUUGAGGAGAAUGAAGGUGUAGUACAAUACGCUCUUAACAAGCGACCUAAUGUCAAGUUAGUGGAGACAGGACUUAUUUUUGGAAAGGAGGGCUUCACAUCUAUUAUGGGAAAAAAAUUUGACGCAAGCAUGAAGAUGACAAGACGCUACUACCCACACACACACAAUGUUGACGGGUUCUUUGUUGCUAAAUUCCGGAAGACAGGCCCAACAGCUAAGGCCAUUCUGGAAAAGAAUGAGAGAGGAGAUUCGAAUCAGCAUGAUGAGUCCAGCGCUAGGGUUCAAGCCUCUGAAGAGGAAGAGGCUAAUGGGUCACAAGACAGUUUUGGCGGUUGGAAUGAUAGUGAAGACGAGAAAUAUCUAGAACGUGCGCGGAGAAGACAGUUGAGGCGUCGUGGCAUUAAUCCAUCUUCGAAGAUGGAACCAACUACGCCUUCCUAA